GUCGUUUAAAGAUUAAGCAGCACACACUUCAGGCAGGAAUUUGCACUCGAGCGGAAAUGUAGUCUGAGAGGCAGCUCGGGAGGCGGAAGUGAUGUUAGAGCAGCAGUCUGCUCCGUCCAUGUUAUUAUUGUUAUUUUGGCUGUGUGAUGGUUCACGGACGGCGGCCAGCCCGGGAUUUCUCCGGUUACCAGCGCAGACACGAACGGCUAGCAGGCCACACGUUACAGCUGCGCGUCUGUCUCACGACAGUUUGAUCGCCAGCGUUGACAAAACGCGCAAACGUCGCUCUGCGCAGCGCUCGCCGAGGACUGUCUUUAUUAUUGACACUGCAACAGACAUGAACGGCAUCACCAAGAGCAGAUUUGAGGUGUUCUCAAACAGUGAUGAGGCCCUUAUCAACAAAAAACUCCCCAAAGAGCUUCUGCUCAGGAUUUUCUCCUACCUGGAUGUAGUCACAUUGUGCAGGUGUGCUCAAGUAUCUAAGGCUUGGAAUGUUCUCGCAUUAGAUGGAAGCAACUGGCAGAAGAUUGAUCUCUUCAACUUUCAGACGGAUAUUGAGGGACGUGUGGUGGAGAACAUCUCGAAGCGAUGUGGGGGUUUUUUGAGGCAGCUCAGUCUUCGGGGUUGCCUCAGUGUUGGAGAUGCAUCCAUGAAGACCUUUGCUCAGAACUGUCGCAACAUUGAACAUCUGAACCUCAACGGCUGUACCAAGAUCACGGACUCCACCUGCAUCAGCCUUAGCAAGUUCUGCUCCAAACUCCGUCACCUUGACCUGACCUCCUGCGUGUCCAUCACCAAUCAUGCACUUAAGGCCUUAAGUGAGGGCUGUCGGAUGUUGGAGAAUCUGAACCUGUCCUGGUGUGAUCAGAUCACGAGUGAUGGCAUCGAGGCUCUCAGCCGUGGCUGCAUAGGUCUCAGAGCUCUGUUUCUGAGAGGUUGCACACAGCUUGAUGAUACUGCACUGAAGCACCUUCAAAAGCACUGUCCUGAGCUCAUGACAAUCAACAUGCAAUCAUGCACACAAAUCACAGAUGACGGCUUUGUGAGUUUGUGCCGGGGUUGUCACAAACUGCAGAUGGUUUGUGUGUCUGGCUGCAGCAACAUCACAGACGCUUCUCUGACUGCCCUCGGCCUCAACUGCCAAUGGCUCAAGAUCCUGGAGGCUGCUCGCUGCUCACAUGUGACUGAUGCUGGUUUUACUGUUCUUGCCAGAAAUUGUCAUGAAUUGGAGAAGAUGGAUUUAGAGGAAUGUAUUUUGGUGACUGAUAACACCCUGGUUCAGCUCUCAAUCCACUGCCCUCGGCUGCAGGCGCUGAGCCUGUCACACUGUGAGUUGAUAACAGAUGAUGGAAUCAGACAUCUGAGCAGCAGUGUGUGUGGUCAGGAGCGUCUGCAGGUCGUGGAGUUGGACAACUGCCCCUUGAUCACAGACAUCACACUGGAGCACCUCAAGAGUUGCCAGCGUCUGGAACGCAUUGAGCUCUAUGACUGCCAGCAGGUCUCCCGCGCAGGCAUCAAACGAAUCCGGGCUCACCUUCCUGAGAUCAAAGUCCACGCUUACUUUGCCCCGGUCACACCCCCUCCGUCAGUGCACGGAGGAGGCCAGCGUCUCUGCCGCUGCUGCGUCAUACUCUGACAGAAGGAGGGGUCUCUGAGAGAUGCCAUAGAAAGUCAAGCUGUCAGUCAACCUCUAAACUCCGCCCUGCCCCUGCUCCACACCACUACGAGGCGCUGUGUAGGGUUGUGGCUACGGGAGGCAUGGCUUGUUCACUGAGCGGUUGCCUGGCAGCAGGAUGGACAUGAACAUGUAACGCAAAAUAAAUACAAUGCAACGUGACAAAUACUACGUACAUACAAAUACCACCUACUUGGAUGUACAAGAAAAAUCAAGGAGCUACCAUGUAAAAUAUUUCAUAUUUGGAUAUAUAGAAAACAAAGUACUUAAAGCAUUAUGGAACUACUGAAUAUAGAAGGAACUUGUUGGAGGCAUUUUGAUGCCGUUACGACGACUACACAGUGUUUACGUCCUGCUCCUUUUCAUCAACCAAUAGGAAUGCGUUCUAUUAAUGAUGAGAACAAAACAGAAGCAGCAGGAUGCAAGUCUGGAGUUUUGUAGGAUACUCCUCCCGCCGAUCGAUCAUGUGACUUUCUCGAACCUGAGAGCAGGAAGCUUUGAGCGUUUCUGUCUGGUUUUGCGCGCGCGUGUGUGUGUGAGAAUGUUUAAAUAUAGAAAACGAAAUAUAACACUACAACAAAUCAACCCAUAUUAAAACUGGAGUAAAAUGUUCUUUAUUUUCUGUUUGUGCUCACCCUAAUUUGGAGAGGACAAAAAAAAAAAAUCGCAGUUAAAAUCAUGUGAGCGAGCGAGGGGAAGAGAAGGACUGAGAUUGUGCAUGCGAGAUAAAGUCGAUUUUGGAGUUACAGUACGUCAUGAUUGAUGUGAAUGUUCAAAUUUAGACAAUAUACAUGUGCUAAGGGUGGUACAUCAGGAAUAUUUGAGUUUCACAGUGUUUCAGUGCAAUAUUGAAAGCCCAGGCGUAUACAACUGUGGUAUGUGACAGGAUUCAGAACACUCCUUAUUCAGGCAUUUCCUCAUCCUUUCUGUAUAUUCACUGCCAAUUACAUGUAAUUAAAGGGAUCGUCCACCCAAAAUGAACAUUCUGUUAUCAUUUACUCACCCACGUGUUGUUCCAAAUCUGUAUGACUUUCUUUUUUUGUAUGUGGAACACAAAAGAAGUUAUUUUGAAAAAUGUCUCUGUGUCCAUCCAAUGUUGUUUGGACCUUGUUCUUCAAAAUAUCUUCUGUUGUAGUUCACAUGUUUGAAACAACAUGAGGAUGAGUAAAUGAUGACAGAAUUUUUCAAUUUUGUGUUUGAACUAGAUCAGAUCUGAGCAUAAUAUGAUGCAAAAAUCGACAGUAGGAAUACGUCAAGGCAAAUAAAUCAAACUUAACCCAUGCAAUCCGUGAUUUAAAGGGACAGUUCAGCCAAAAAUGUAAUUUAAUGUUAUCUGCUCACCCUCAUUUUGCUAAAAAAAAAAAUGACUUUUUUAUGUCUUAGUCUCAGUCAACAUUCACUUUCAUUAUAUGGAUCAAGUUGCAUGAAAAUUCUCAUUUCAUUCUGCCUGAAAGUCAUACGAGGAAAGUCAUACGUGAAUGAUGACAAAAAUGUUAUUUUUGGGUGAACUGUCUCAUGCAUAAAACUGAUGUUCAACAGUGGGUUUGAUGCAUAACAUUGCAUAUUUAAAAAACAUGUUAAUGAAAACAGAGUUGAUCAUGUAAUCGAUGGAAGAGUUUUGUGUCGGUGUGAGUGCCUUUGAUUUUGCAACUGGAGGGACGGGUGGGUUACAGCCACAGAAAUGCUUGACUCAGGGCUGCGGUGUAGUUCAUCACUUUUUUUUCUCUUGUAUUCCUCCUAUUUAGUUGGUUUUUACCACUGGAUAUGAUGAUGAUGAUGAUGAUGAUGAUGAAGUGUCAUCAUUUCCUGUCAAUGCAUACACCAGUGAUUCCAGUAUUCUUUAUCUCGACCACUUUAGAAGGCAAUGCUAAACCUGUCAGCGAAAGUGAAGUUUGUUUAGAAUUGUUCUGUAACAGCUAAUCGGUUCCCCUCCUUCUCUCCCAUAUUUUUUUGACAAAGAUGAAACAAGUUACCUGAAUGUCCUUGUGUUCUGGUUGUUAAUGUGACAUUUCUUUAAAUAAAAGAUCUGAGCAGUG